AUGGCGAGAUCAACGGACACAGAGGAACCGACCCUCUCGAUAUUGGCCAGAUCUACCGUCUACAACAUUAAUGAGACUAAAGCAAUCUUCUGUGAAGGACAUAAUUUACUCGAGCCUAUUCAAUGGUACACCCCCUCGGGCAAGUUAGUCGAGGAGCGUUCUAUCAAGAAUAAAAGAGUAUUCGUGGAACGAAGGGAAAGUGGCACCCUAGCAGUUCUUAUCAUGCAUUCUAUUAAGAUCAGCGAUGGAGGCAACUGGACAUGCAAAUCAGGAGAACUCCAAGAAACUAGGGAGUUUAUUGUAGGAGAAAAAGUAAGCCUUCCUGUCAAAAACGUUUCCAUGGAGGGCGAAGAAAGCAAGUCUAUAAAAUUGACUUGCGAAGCUGUUGGAUAUCCUGCCCCAGUUGUUGUCUGGUAUAAAGAAAAGCAAGCAAUUUCAGACAAAGAACCACCCAAGAAAUACGUAAUCGGUGAUGACCACUCUCUCACAAUUAAGAAAUUGAACCACGCCGAUGCAGGAGUCUACACUUGUAAAGUUAGGCAAAAGGCACUGUCACAUUAUACUGAAAAGACUGUCCAGCUUUAUGUUCAACAUAAACCAAUUAUCUACAGACAAACUGGUGAGAACCCAAUGAUUUAUCCAAACCAAAAAUACAAGACUGAAGAAGUGUAUGCCAUUUUAAAUGAUACUAAAAACGUGACUUGCAGUGCUAUCGCACAUCCACCACCAGUGUUCGCAUGGAACAGAAGACGUGGAGGCUAUGACGAUUCCCCUAUCACAGAUCCCGAUACUGUCAUGACUGCUGAAGACGGAUCUAAUUCUGUGCUGAUUUUGAGACUUUACAACGAAAGCUAUUUUGGCGAAUAUAGGUGUUCUGCCACCAACAGCAAAGGAUCUGAAUCCAUCAUCUUUCACGUUUCCCCAGGAACUAAACCUGACCCCCCAGACUACGUAUCUUUGUAUAAGGCCAAUGUCACGGAGCUUACUUUCAACGUGUCCUGUUCGUCGUGCAUCUUUCCUGACAUAGAUGAUCCUGUGACUCCGGAUCCUAAAGUAGUUCUUGCUUAUUCCUUCCAAUUCGUCAAAGUCAAUAAUAGUUACGAACCAGACUGGACAGCGAGUAUCGAUUACGAGGUUGAUGUUACUUAUGACAGUACUCUUUACACAGUGGGGCCCUUAGAAAACAGUACAGCUUACCAUGCGCAAGUUCGUACACGUAACGCUGCUGGAUAUUCUGAGUGGAUCGAUAUUCCUGGCGAGAUUAAAACUUUAAACAACGCUAUGAAGUUCGGUGCAACAUUAUUAUUGGUCUUUUGCGCUAUUAUGUUCACAAGUCUCUUUUAA